GUUAUGAUAAACUUUUGCCAUCAUCGAUCUGUUUUGUUCUUUCCUACAAUAGAAGGUUGAGGGAGCAGUUAAAGGAGGCUCAAGAGUGUAUCGCUCGACUCCAAGAACAACUGCUGCUUGAAAAUAAGUAAGUAACCACUGAAUUCUAGUUUGGUUAUGUCAAAUGAGCAUUAAAUCAUAUUUUUCAAUUUUUCUCUCUUCAGUUGCUAUUAGACUACUAUCCUAUUUUGACAACAGAAAAAUUAUCAAGCGACGCCAGACAAAAUAUAUUUUAAGCAUUAGAGACUGGUUUUCUCUGUCUUAAUCCCUCCUAAUACUCUCUGCAACAGUAGACAGAAAAAGACAGAAUAGAAUCCCGUGAAAAUAUUUACUUUGAAUUUUCUCCACUCAUCAGAUUUCAAAAUGGUUUCUCGCGCGGAGUAAUAGUUAGCUUUUCAGUAUUUCAAAAAGGCGCUGUUUUGACAUUCCUUUGAUGUUUUUCGGUAGGUUACUUGAUCAGUUUCCAAGUCACCAAAGUGAUAACUCGGAUACUGUAACCGAUGCAAUUGAGGCAUACUGUGGAAUGACAGAAAUGGAAAAAGAAAUUCAAACUUUGCAGAGAAAACUUUUUUUCGGAGAAGUUGCAUUGAAACUUACGCAAGAGAGAUGUCAGCUGAUGGAGAACAAUUACAAGUGAGUGCAAGUGCUCUUUAAGUGCUCUUUAAGUGUUCUUCCCAGGUCUCUCAGGUCACAUCAGUUCUCUACCUUCUUUGUACUUACUUGGCAUGGAAGAGGGUUUUUAAAAUCUCAGUUAAGUAUUUAGGGUCUUAUGGGUGAUCUGCGCUCUUAAAAAGUCGCCUAGUUACUUACCAAAACGUUUCUUUCCUCUAAAGCAUCAAAAAUUCAUCCUGAUUUUAUGCGAUUAGUUAGGAUCUCAUAGUAACUUUGGUGAAACAUUCACGCAGUGGGACACUUUUUCUUCCUAGCAUGAUAAGAAUACCUUCCUUACCACAGUUGGCUUCAUUUCUCCACAGCCUUCUCCGAACUAAGGAGAAAAAUCUUCUCUGGCAGAGCCUAGCUUGUCAAACAAAACUACAGGAUUUGAAAUCAAAACACGAGGCCAUUCAGUUCUCACGAUCUAAAGAGGCAACUCCAGCGGCAAGAUGGCUAGCAAGCUCAUUACCUAAUCUUUACCUGUAAGAUAUAGAAAUUUAAGGAGGUGCUUUUACAUUCAUGGAAAGAAAAACGUGAAAGAAUUUGUGAAAGAAGCUAAUUGUCAAUUAGUUUCAAGGGCUUCGUAGAAGAGAAGUAGCUAAAGAAAGAUUUGAUGUACAUGC